AUGUCCGCCACCAUGAGAUCAGCGAGACUGGUGCGCAGCAGCACUGCGUUGAGGCCAGCUUUGGCGGGCCGCUCUGGCUCCAGCGCUCUGGGCUCGGUUUCUUUGGCUGCUGCGAGCAACGCCCUCCGAAAUGGACGACGCUACCCAUCGCAGGUCUCGGCUCUCGCUAUCUUAGUGCCUCACCGGGGUUAUGCGACUGAGCAAUCCACUUCCUCGUCUUCACAGUCAUAUCCGCCCCCCGGCUUCAAUGCUGAGCAAGCAAAGAAGCCGAUCCCCCAUGAUCAGGUGCAGUCGACGCAAGCACCUGCGAAGCCAGAGAAUGUUGCGCCAGGAUCUACGGACACAAAAGUCGCUGCAUCAACGGAGGCUCCUGCUGCAGAAGCCGAGAAGAAUGCUUCUGGAGAGAAGGAGGCAAAGAAGUUGACCAUGGGACAAAAGUUCAAGAAGGAGUUGCAGCACUACUGGGACGGUACCAAGCUGCUCGCCACAGAGGUCAAGAUCAGCACCCGAUUAGCAGUGAAGAUGGCCUCCGGAUAUGAGCUGAGCCGGAGAGAACAUCGCCAGCUGCAACGUACCACCAAGGAUCUGGGCCGAUUGGUUCCUUUCUCCGUCUUCCUCAUCGUUCCCUUCGCGGAGCUCCUGCUACCCGUCGCGCUGCGUAUCUUCCCCAAUCUUCUCCCUAGCACCUACGAGGGCAAGAAGGCUCGUGAGACCAAGGCUCUGAACCUGAGCUCAACCCGCAAGGAAGUGUCAAGCUUCCUCCGCAACACACUUCGUGAGACUGGUCUGCCCUUGACUGCAGCCACCGUGAAGAACGAGGAAUUCGCGGAUUUCUUCCGCAAGAUUCGCACCACUGGCGAAUCGCCCUCGACCGAGGACGUCAUCAAGGUCUGCAAGAUCUUCAAGGAUGACCUGACCCUGGACAACCUUUCCCGUCCUCAGUUGGUCGCUAUCUGCCGGUACAUGAACCUGAACUCCUUCGGAACUGACGCUAUGCUCCGCUACAACAUUCGCCACCGUAUGCGCCAGAUCAAGCGUGACGACCGUGCUAUUUUCUACGAGGGCGUGGAUUCUCUGUCCGUCCCGGAGCUUCAGAUGGCCAGUGCCUCGCGUGGCAUCCGGACCCACGGUGUCUCUCCUGCCCGCCUGCGCGAGGACCUGAACAUGUGGCUUGACCUGCGUCUGCAGCAGGGCGUUCCCUCCACCCUGCUCGUUCUAAGCAACGCCUACAUGUACACUCAGGGGGGCAAGGAGUCGGAGAUGGCUUCUCAGAUCGAUGCCUUGAAGUCGGUGCUUUCUAGCAUCCCCGAGGAACUGUUCCACGAGAUCGAGCUCGAGGUCCACAAUGCCGAGGGCGCUGCCACCAACAAGCAGCGCCUGGAGGUCAUCAAGGAGCAGGAGGAGCUGAUUGAGGAGGAGAACGAGCAGAACAGCGAGAACGAGGAUAAGGGGGUUCCGGCGCCUAAGGACACCGAGGACAUUGAUGACAAGGAGGAACACAAGCUCGACGCUUCUGCCAACAGCACCGAGAAGCAGCAGUCCGCUGAGGCCAACGAGGCGCUGAAUGAGGGGGCCCAGGCUGAGCCCAGGGGCGAGAAGAAAGACGGCAGCUCUUAG